ACGUACCAAAUCUCAGAGCUAUACGUGUCUUCAUUUUCUGCUCUAAGGUCCUUUUGAGUAAAACCUCCCAGAAACAACUGCAGAAAAUCGAUCGGGAGAUAAAAUGGCCGAUCGUUACUACCUCAAUGUAAUGCCAGACUUUGUCGCAGAAAACUCACAAAUAAUUGAAGAAAAACAGCAAGAGAUAAUUUCUCAAGGCACUCAAGAUUCGCUAUUAAAGCUCCUCUCGCUGCCUCAUUCCAUUCUCUCUGAGCAACUCAAACGCACAGCUCUUGACCUCAAAGAAACAAUAGUGGUGGAGACAUGGGGUCUCAGUGGGCAACGUGUGGAAGAUUUUUCUCUGUAUUGUGGUUCUCUUGGGACUGCCUUUUUGCUUUUCAAGUCUUUUCAGGUGACCCAUAACAAGAUUGAUUUGAACCUGUGUUCUGAGAUUGUCAAGGCAUGUAACGAAGCUUCUUUCCAGUCUAGGGAUGUGACAUUUAUUUGUGGGAGAGCUGGGGUAUGUGCUCUGGGUGCUGUUGUGGCAAAAUACAGGGAUGAUGAUCAGCUUCUUCAAUAUUAUAUUACUCAAUUUAAAGAGAUAAAGCCGUCAAAAGAUCAUCCUGACGAGUUAUUAUAUGGUCGAGUUGGAUACUUAUGGGCUUGUUUAUUUCUCAAUAAGCAUUUAGGCAGGGAGACGGUUCCUUCCUCCUCCAUGGGUUCUGUUGUGAUGGAAAUUCUGAAUAGCGGAAGAAAACUGGGUGGAAAGGGUGGAUGUCCAUUGAUGUUUGAAUGGUAUGGUGAGAAGUAUUGGGGAGCGGCUCAUGGAUUGGCAGGAAUCAUGCAUAUUUUGAUGGAUUUUGAAUUAAGACCAGAUGAACGUGAAGAUGUCAGGGGAACUCUUAAAUACAUGAUCAAGAAUCGAUUUCCUGGUGGGAACUACCCUGCUAGUGAAGAAGAUAGGAAGAGAGACGUUCUUGUCCAUUGGUGUCAUGGAGCUCCUGGGAUUGCCCUCACUCUUGUCAAAGCAGCUGAGGUUUUUGGAGAUAAAGAAUUUCUGGAAGCUGCCAUGAAUGCAGCAGAGGUUGUAUGGAAUCGUGGCCUUCUUAAACGAGUUGGGAUUUGUCAUGGCAUUAGUGGCAAUGCGUAUGUGUUCCUCUCUCUUUAUCGACUGACUGGCAUUGUCGAGUAUCUGUAUAGAGCCAAAGCUUUUGCCUGCUUUUUACUUGAUAGAGCUCACAUGCUUAUGUCGAGUGGUGAAAUGCAUGGAGGAGAUGCUCCAUUUUCACUUUUCGAAGGUGUCGGGGGAAUGGCUUAUCUUUUUCUCGACAUGAUUCAACCCAGUAAUGCUCGAUUCCCAGCUUAUGAACUCUGAUAAUAAUAACUGGGAUCACAGUUGACCAAUGUUGGAAUUCAUCUCGAGUAUAGGGAGAAAGAUACCGAAAUAUGUAGUGUUAAGGAAAUGUAACUGUUAAAGUUACUUUUAGGCACAGUCAAACAAGCUCAUGUCGUUAGUUAACUUUAGUGGUGCUGCUGCUAACCACUUGUCCAAAUAGGCUACCUUCGAGAGAUUCAAUAAUCGCAGUCGUUUGUAACAAGUUGAUUAUCGAUGAUCAACUGGAAUGCUUUUAUCUAUGCAUAGUACAAAAAGUCUCAUAAAAUAGAAAGACGAGUAUGGUG